UUUGUGGAUCAAACAAAAUGGAGGAAACGCCCGUAAUGACCCUGGGCUUGCAGCCUCCUAAAGGAUACAAGAUUGAAGAUGCGGAGGCUUGGAAAAAAUACAAGCAGAUGUUUAACUUAUAUAUACAGGCCACGGAUUUGGAACAGGGGACCGAUGAAAAAAAGGUAGCCAUUUUCUUAACCUGCGCGGGAGAAGACAUUUUAGAGAUUUACAAUGGUAUGAGUGACACUUCUACAUUAAAAUGGGCUGAGUUGCUUAAAAAGUUUGAUGACCAUUUUAAAAACAAAACUAACACCGUCGUGAACAGCUACAGAUUUUAUAAUUUACGACAAGAGCCAGAUGAACCGGUGGAACGAUUUGUUUUAAGAUUGAAGAAUGCAGCCAAGACAUGUAACUUUAAAGAAGAAGAUAGAAUGGUAAGAGAUAUGUUAGUGAUAGGUGUGAGUGAGACGGGCAUUAAGGAGAGAUUGUUACGAGAGAAGGAACUGAGUUUGGAUACGGCACUAGAAUUAUGCAAGGCUGCUGAAUACAGCAAGAAAAAUGUAAAAGAGCUGGAAGAAAAAGUACAGUCAGUAAAUAUGGUAAGAGAAAGUUCUCGUUAUAGAAAAGAUGUAAAGAAACCGAUUCAUUACAAUUGCAGUUAUUGUGGUAAGAAACAUGAGCCAAGAAAAUGUCCUGCGUAUGGGAGAAGAUGUACUGUGUGCAACAUUUAUAACCAUUAUGCAGAAAUGUGUAGAUUUAAGAAGAAAGAAGAGAAACCGCAGCAAAAACAAAGAUCCACAAAAAACAAAGUUGAUGGCAUCAGGGAAUCUACAAAUGACAGCGACUGCAGUUCGGAAGACUUUGUAGUAGACUCUGUAAAAGUGUCUUCACAGUACUAGACAUGAAGGAUGGGUUUUUUCAAGUGAGUUUGGAGGAUGAACAAAAACUCUGCACCUUCGGUACUCCCUUCGGAAGGUAUUUUUUCAAGAGAAUGCCAUUCGGCAUUUCUUCAGCUC